GAUAAGAUAACUCACAACCUAAGGGAAACGAUUUAAAUAGCGACAUCACGAACUAAAUUCCAGUUGCAUUGCGUUUGCCAGCCGAUUUACACGACAAAAGUGCAUUGCAGAAAGGGAAAGUUAAAUAUUUCGACAUGUUCAAAUUCAAAUCUUAUGUUCCUACCGCAAUCCUCGUGCUUCUAUUCUCAAAUUCGUCAAAUUUCGUCACCGCUAUCUGCAAUGCUUGUUCGAGGACUACUAAUUUAGCCUGCAUAUCGCAAACGCACUUCCAAGUGUGCGUCAAUGGCAUACCAACCGGAACUCCCACCAGUUGCCCCAGUGGAUAUAUUUGUUCGACAACUUCUAACGGCAUUUGCAAGUCGAUUGAUGAUACGAAUACAGUCUGCGAUUGCACCGAAAGUACUACUGUCGGUACUACUACCACGAGUAGAUACUUCUUCAACCCAGUUGCAUAUUGUCAAACCAUACUAAUAAAUGGUCGUUUUCCAGUAGGCAAUAACCUUGCAACAACAUGUAAAGCGUAUGUUUAUUGUUUCAUAAAUGGCAACGUUUGGAGUGGCGCAGUCUACUUCUGCCCAGGUGCUACUUACUUUGACAGUUCUACCCGUUAUUGUACACCCAAUGUACCGGCUCGUUGCGUCAGUUCUACACUCUGAAGAUUUUCGCACUACGUUUUGACGACUAAACUUAUGAAACAUUCUCCCAAUAUUAGGUUGGUUCUAUUUGCACUUACCUGUAGUCUGUUCUCUUGAGAUAACGGUUUCUCAGCCACAAUGUGAAAUAAAUUUGAAACCAAUGUAGUUUAAAAUUUUAACUUUAUUGAUAUAAAUUUAGUAAAUUAUUUAAAUAAAGUUAAUUCAAAUGGUUUAUAAAUAGUACAAGCUUUAUUUUUCUUGCCAAAAUAUGUAUGUGUUCGGACCACAGGAACACUUAACAUCUCCCUCAUUGUGACAGUGUUUACACCUGAAAGAAAAAUACAAAUUAACUUUUAAUUCUAUUUAAUUAUAACAGAGCUUACCAUUUUCAACUGGAGUUAUAUGAUCUCAAGUGAAUGGACUUGCUGUUGUCUGCUCAGUAGGACCGACGAUCACAUCACAGGUAAAAGUAUGCGUUCCGGCAUUACUAACAGAGGUCGCUUGACUUCCUGCGUUCCAAACCAAUUCACUGGUGAAAAUGACCCACUUGACUGGUGGGAUGUAAGACGCCAAGACACAUUUGGAAUAUGGUGCGACUCAAGCAAACGAGCUGUACAUUGUCGACAAAGUGCUAUGGAACCACAACUGGGUGCACGUGUUGUGCUCGCUUGCAUACACCGUUGAAUUCGGUACACUCGAAGUCCUCCUUGCAAUCAUACAGAAGGUCUAUGUUCAGAUUGCGAUCUGUCGACAUUAUACACAGCCGAUGUUGAGUCGAUGGACAAGUAAAUGCAGAUCGUUAUC